AUGAUUCGCGCAAAGCAGCUUAGUAACCUUUCAAGUACAGCAAGAUCCUUUUUUCUUAAUGGAUCGAGAACAAGUGCAGCAGACAGGAAUUCUCGUUCGUACACGGAUGACGAAACUUGUGUCUCGAGACGCCAACAACCUAGGAAGGAAGCUGCACAGACUGAAAAACGACCUUCCAGUAUUGUAUUUAAGCCUUCAGUAGUGGCAAGUAUAUUACCAGGAGAGGUAAGUAAACCGGUGGUUCCAAAGAAUGUUGAUAAUUUUGGUCGGCCAUCUCUAUUGCCACAACAUGUUUCUUCUCCUUCUUCUCUUGUUUUGCCGUGUAAGUCACAUUCGGUUAGUUAUGCGUCAACCAUCACUGGAGAGAAGGAGAACGGUGAACCUUCUUCAGAACCUAUUGGGGAUCAGAUUUUUAGGGCCGGGAUUGUAGCGGUAAAUUUUCUGUCAGAUUUUGCGAAUUGUAAGAUUCCUUCGUCUGAUGGAGGAAGUGGAUUUCCGAAAAGCUGUAUGGUUGAUCCAACUAGGCCUAUUUCAAGUGUCAAAUCGUCUAAUGUGAAAGCUAUUAGAAGAGAACACUUUGCCAAAGUUUAUCCUAGACCAGCUGCAAAAGAGUCGUCAAUGGGUAAAAUUAGAAAUCCUACCAGCAGCUUCCGAAGGGCUAGGGAAGCUGAAAGAGCUGGAAUUGUUAAAGGAUUCAAACAAGUUUCAGUACCGACGACAAAUAACAUGUCCGGCAAGAGGACAAGCAUUUUGCAAAGACCCAAUAUUGAUUCCAACAGGUUUGUGCCAAGCGGUUUCAGCAAAUCUUCAACCGAAAUGAUGAAAGGACCUUCAGGGACUGCUCUGACAUCAAGGCAGUAUUGUAAUUCCGGAUACAUUGUGGAAAAUGUUUCCAGCGUUUUGCGGAGAUUCGGGUGGGGCCCUGCUGCUGAAGAGGCCCUUCAAAAUCUCGGUUUGAGGAUGGAUCCAUACCAAGCAAACCAAGUUCUUAAGCAGAUGAGUGACUAUGGAAGUGCUCUCGGUUUCUUCUACUGGUUGAAAAGGCAACCUGGGUUUAAGCAUGAUGGACAUACUUAUACCACUAUGGUGGGUAACCUCGGUCGUGCUAAGCAAUUUGGUGCAAUAAACAAGCUCCUCGAUGAGAUGGUUAGAGAUGGAUGUCAGCCAAAUACAGUUACAUAUAACCGACUUAUCCAUAGCUAUGGCCGCGCUAAUUACCUGAACGAAGCUAUGAAUGUGUUCAAUCAUAUGCAAGAGGCUGGAUGCAAACCUGACCGAGUAACUUACUGUACCCUUAUAGACAUCCAUGCUAAAGCUGGAUUUCUUGACAUUGCCAUGGAUAUGUACCAGAGAAUGCAAGCAGGAGGUCUUUCUCCUGAUACUUUCACUUACAGUGUCAUAAUAAACUGUCUUGGAAAAGCUGGACAUUUACCCGCUGCACACAAGCUCUUUUGUGAGAUGGUUGAUCAGGGUUGUACCCCUAAUUUGGUGACAUACAAUAUCAUGAUAGACUUGCAUGCGAAAGCGAGAAACUAUCAGAGCUCGUUGAAGCUUUACCGUGACAUGCAAAACGCAGGGUUUGAGCCUGACAAAGUGACAUAUAGCAUUGUGAUGGAGGUGCUUGGCCAUUGUGGACACCUCGAGGAAGCAGAGGCUGUUUUCACCGAGAUGCAGCAGAAGAACUGGAUUCCCGAUGAGCCGGUUUAUGGUCUUUUGGUGGAUUUGUGGGGAAAAGCUGGUAAUGUGGAAAAGGCUUGGCAAUGGUAUCAGGCAAUGCUUCAUGCUGGCCUGCUACCUAAUGUUCCUACAUGCAAUUCCCUUCUUAGUACUUUCCUUAGGGUUAACAAGAUAGCCGACGCUUAUGAGUUAUUACAAAACAUGCUGUCGCUUGGUCUACGCCCUUCUUUGCAGACAUACACGCUACUCUUGAGUAGUUGCACAGAUGGUAGGUCAAAGCUUGACAUGGGUUUCUUUAGCCAGCUAAUGGCAAGCACAGGUCAUCCAGCACAUAUGUUUCUCCUCAAGAUGCCAUCUGCGGGUCCCGAUGGCCAAAACGUGCGCAACCAUGUGAACAACUUCCUGGAUCUCAUGCACAGCGAGGACAGAGAGAGCAAGCGAGGACUGGUGGACGCGGUGGUUGACUUUCUACACAAGUCCGGGCUAAAAGAAGAGGCGGGAUCGGUUUGGGAAGUUGCUGCACAAAAGAAUGUGUUUCCUGAUGCAUUAAGGGAGAAAAGCAGCAGCUACUGGCUUAUCAAUCUCCAUGUAAUGUCGGAGGGAACUGCAGUCAUGGCGCUUUCUAGGACGCUUGCUUGGUUCCGUAAGCAGAUAUUAGCCUCGGGAUCUUGCCCUUCCCGGAUUGAUAUAGUAACUGGUUGGGGAAGACGUAGUAGAGUCACCGGUACAUCAAUGGUGAGACAAGCAGUUGAAGAGCUGCUCAACAUGUUCGGUUCACCGUUUUUCAUGGAGAAUGGAAACUCAGGUUGUUUCGUUGGAUGUGGAGAGUCUCUCAACAAGUGGUUGCUUCAGUCUUAUGUUGAGAGGAUGCAUUUGCUGUGA